CGAGCGAAAAAGGGAAAAGGCAAGAAAGGAAGAAAGAUAAAGUUUGCGGUUAGGCAUAGUCUAUAUGAUGGUCGCCAUGCCAUUGUAGUAGUUUCAUCAGGGACAAAAAACCCAAGCUUCAGUCAGUAGCGGAUAACUGCGGUUGACGGUUGAUAUUCUUUCGAAAUGCGAGUGAUAGUUUUACGCUAUAGUUUUACAAAUUAGACGAGCACGUUGAAUUAUAUGGCUAUAUGUUUAGUCCAAGCUUUUUUAAAUGACACAAAGCAAUAAAAAUCCUGAAAUAUUGUGAAAUGUUAAUACUGUGUAUACGUUGUUAUACGAGUCGCUAAAAUUGAUAUUAUUAUUUUAAACAAAUAAAGUCGUUAUCUUCCGAAAGCGGAUAAAAUUCAGAUAAGAGCGAGAAACGAGACUUAGAAAUAAUCGCAACAUACAUCUAUCAUUCAACUGUGAUAAUCAAACGAAAAGAAUUAUAAUAUCUUGGAAAAUGACCAGCAGAUAUUGUGAGAUAUCUAUUGUGAUACUGUCCUUUACCAUAGCAAGUAUUUCCGCUUUAUAUCCGACAAGCGAAACAUGCUAUUGGCAAAAAUAUACAUAUGAAAGGGAAUACAAUGAAGUAAAAUGUUCAACGAAAAAUAAUUGUAUUAAAAUCACAAUGAAAGCAAAUGAAUCCAUAAUAAUUAAUUGUAACAACGCAGCGGAAUGGUCAGAUUUCCUUCCGAAAAAUGCAUCUUCAAUAAAAUAUGAAAAGAUACAAUUUAACAAGUGCGAUUUACCCAGCAAUACUAGUUUGAGUGAAAUUGCACGUAUACUAGGAGUUACAGGCGUGGAGAAAUUCGUUUUUUUAUCCACAGAGAAUUUGAAUUUUACCUUCACAAAGCAUCAUCUCGACAAUUUUAAAAAUGUGAAAUAUCUAGUUCUAUUGCAUACCAACAUGGAUUAUAUGGACAAAGAUCUGUUAGCCGAUUUGAAAAACUUGACUGAACUCAAUUUGUCAUACAAUAAGUUACAUCUAGUCACCGAAUGUUUCAAUCAUAACUCUCAAUUAAAGAAGCUCUAUUUAAACAACAACAAUUUGAAAGUGAUAGAACCAGGCACAUUCGAUCAACUGGAAAAUUUAAUAUAUCUUAGUCUAUGUAACAAUCAUUUAACCGAGCUUCAACCAGAAAUUUUUGAUCGAUUGAAAAAUUUGAAAUACCUUAAUCUAUGCAGCAAUUAUUUAACCGAGCUUCAACCGGGAAUUUUUGAUCAACUCGUCACUCUGAAAGCACUCGAUCUUAACUCGAAUCAUUUAGUCAACUUAACGGAUGGCAUAUUCGCAAAACUAGAAAAUCUUGAAGAAGUUGCUUUAUGUAAAAAUAAUUUUACCACGUUGCCAAGAAACUUGUUACAGACCAAUACAAAACUAAACAAAGUCAGAUUGUCCAAAAGUAGACAAAAUUUGAUCUUACCGGAAGGAUUUUUUAGCAAUUUAAAAGAACUUAAAGAGUUGAUGCUAGAGAAGAAUGGACUGAUUACACUACCGGAAGAUCUCUUUCGGAAUUCAUAUUCGCUGAAGACGAUUAAACUGAAUAAUAAUUACCUCCAUUCUUUGCCCGAGAAUAUAUUCCAGGAUUUAACCAAUUUAACAGAAUUGGAAUUAAAUUCUAAUAAUCUACAAAAUUUGUCUGAUAAUAUUUUCCAAAGUACUAAUCAAUUAGAAAUACUAAAUUUGUCAGAUAAUAACAUUACUUCUAUUUCUAGACAACUAUUUAAUGGAUUACAGAGCUUGAAAGAAUUAUAUAUGGAACAAAAUCACCUAAGAACUAUUUCCGAUAACAGUUUCGGUUCAUUAGAGAGUUUGGAGAUUGUUUAUUUGUCUAACAACCAUCUUACAUUACAAUCUAAUAUGCGCGUUCAAGAAAUCGGAUGGUUGUCGCCUUUCUACAAUUGUCAUUCGCUGAAAGAAUUAUAUUUAGCAAACAAUAGCAUUUCACAAAUAUUUGACGAUUGGUGUACGGAAUUUAAACUUGAGAAAAUAGAUCUCAGCUAUAACAACAUAACUUCUAUAGAAGCAAGAAAUUUGACGUUUGCGCCGGACAUUAUAGUGGACUUGACUCAUAAUAAUAUAAAGCAUAUUUUCUUACACGACGUCAAAGAUAUCGCGAUAAACCAGGAACAUAAUCAUAACGUAAUAAUAAUAAAAGUGGACAAUAAUCCAUUAAGUUGCGAUUGCGAUAUCUAUGAUUUUCUACGUUACUUGGAAUACGAAACGCCUAACGUCCAAACUUAUUUCAAGAUAGAAGUAGGACAUUUGACUUGUCAGAGUCCAGAAGAGUUGAAGAACAAAAGCAUCAAUGACUUAUUACCGCAGAAAUAUUCUAAAAAUUUAACCUGUACGAUAAAAAACACAGAUUCAAUUACUGUGUGCCCCGAAGAGUGCAAUUGCAUUUUGAAGCCCUCUGAUAAAACUUUCACAUUUAACUGUUCUCAUAGAAACUUAACGAAGGUUCCGAAUGAUAUAAAGGAGCCUAACAUUUCCACGAUUCAAAGAUUUACAAAAUCAAUCAACACAGAUUUGCAACUCCAGCUGGAUUUCUCGAAUAAUCAGUUAACGCAAAUGCCGGAUUUGAAAACAAUGGAACUCAGAUCAGUAAAGAAACUCAUUUUAUCUCACAACAACCUAUCUCAAAUUACCCUAAAUGGAUUAUCGACAACAAUAGAGGUUUUGGAACUACACAAUAACAAUUUAUUCAAAAUAGAUUCUGAAGUGCUGGACUUUUGGGAUAACUCAAGCUUAACUCACUUGACAUUACAUGAAAAUCCAUGGAAAUGCGAUUGUAAUGCUAAACGUUUUUAUGAUUUUAUACAUUCAAACCUCGGAACAAUCGAAACGUCUAAAGUAAUAUGUCAUGAAAAGAAUGCAUCUAGAUUAGAAUAUAACAAUUUUUGUCCAACAACGUUUGAUAUAACGGCGAUGAUCUGUGUCAGUGUAGCAAUCGCUCUUCUCGGAUUAAUUAUCGGUAUUUUUGGACUGCUUUAUUACAAAUACGAAGAACAGAUUAAAAUAUGGUUAUUCGCGCAUGGGUGGUGUUUAUGGUUUGUAACAGAAGACGAAUUGGAUAAAAACAAAUUGUAUGACGCAUUCGUAAGUUUUUCACAUGAGGAUGACAAUUUUGUAAUGGAGGAAUUGGUACCGAAGCUAGAAAGUGGUCCGACGCCGUUCAAAUUGUGUCAUCAUUAUCGAGAUUGGAUAGCGGGCAUAUGGAUACCGGAUAAUAUUGUUAGAUCCGUGGUAAACUCUAGACGAACAAUAGUGGUGCUGUCGCCAAAUUUUUUGAAGAGCAUCUGGGGAAAAAUGGAAUUUCGGACCGCGCAUUGUCAAGCGUUGAAAGAUGGUCGAGCAAGAGUCAUACUGAUUUUGUAUCAAGAUGUCGGACCCAUCGAUAAUUUGGAUCCAGAGUUAAAAGCGUACAUAAAUAUGAACACGUACAUUAAAUGGGGAGAUCCUUGGUUUUGGGAUAAAUUAAGAUACGCGUUACCGCAUCAGCGCAGACUGCCGAAAACCAGCAAUGUCGAAAAAAAGAUUUUUGAGACUCAUCAAUUCUACAUUCAACCAAUCGAAAAUAAAAAAGAUAUUGAUUCGAUUGCGUUUCCUGAGACACCUGCAAGCACUACACCGCCAGCCGAUUUCAUUAAAAUAUUCAUGUGCGAUAAGAAGUCAGAGGAAAAAUCGAGAAACUUGCAGAAUCUUACAGAAAUUACAUAAAUUAAACGGUGACAUCAUCCGUACACCAGAACAAUUAACUAAGCACAAUUAUAUAAUCGAGAAUAAAGAAUUUAUCUAAUGUACCAAAGAUAAAGGAAUUAUGACAACUCAGUUCGGCGAAACCACCUAACAUCAGAUCAAGAUUACUAUUUUAUCGCUUCUCUAAAAUUAAACUUUUCUAUAAAAUAUCUUUUAAAUAAUGCAAUUUUUUUUCAAGAUAUUUUAGAUCGACAUCAAAAAUGAAUAAUCCUAUAUAUUAACUUUAUUUAAUUGCACGACUUAAUUAGUUAUGCGGAAAUAUAGCAAGAUAUACAUACACAUAUUGUAUAAUAAAUAUAUCUCUCACGAUUUAAAAAUAUUGACAAUGUAAUAUCCACUGAUAAAUGUUGUCCGUCUUCUUUAAUCAAUAGAAAUAUAAGUAUU